GUUCAUCCAAAGAUGCGUUUCAGUCUCACACCACCUCCACCGAAAGCGUUACACUCAUCGACCAUAACAACAACGACGACCACGGCGUCACAACCCAAAUGGAAUAGCAAUAGGAACGGUGGUACUAGUACGGAAGAUACAACAAACUCGAAUAAAAUCAGCAACAGCAGUAGCAGCAAUGUCAGCCAACCGGAUGAUGAUGAGUCCACCUCAGAUUAUAAACAAUGGUUGCAUGCGAUGAAACUGGUAGCACGUCUACCGGGUGGCAUACCACCGGAAUUUCGCAGGAAGCUCUGGCUUUCUCUGGCCGAUAAAUAUUUGAAAUCGAAAAAUGUUGACUGGACCAAGGAAGAGGAGAAAUGUUUUUGUGAAAAGUGGCGAGAAGAUGACGAGGAACUGGGUAUACAAAUUGUUAAGGAUCUUCAUCGCACCGGUUCGACCUUGUGUACUGGGCCGGCUGGUGAUAUCAAUCAGGCAAAAUUGAAACGUAUACUGCUCGGCUAUGCUCGCUAUAAUCCAGAAGUGGGCUACUGUCAGGGUUUCAAUAUGUUGGGCGCCCUUAUUCUGCAAGUAAUGGACAAAGAUGAAACGGAGUCAAUGAAAGUGAUGAUUUAUUUGGUAGAGGGUAUCUUACCUCCCGGUUAUUUUUGUGGUUCGAUGGGUGGUCUGCAGGCCGAUAUGGCAGUAUUUCGUGAAUUAAUGCAGACAAAAUUGCCACGCUUGGCUAGGCACUUGCAAAAGCUGCAAGGUCCCGUAGAGAAUGCCUAUGAACCACCGCUGACAAAUGUAUUCACCAUGCAAUGGUUUUUGACAAUGUUCUGCACUUGCCUACCCAUGUCAUGUGUUUUACGGGUUUGGGAUUUGGUCUUAAUUGAGGGCAGUGAUGUGCUGCUGCGCACCGCCUUGGCUUUGUGGAGCCUGUUGGAAGACCGAGUCCUAAGCACCCGUAGCGCCGAUGAUUUUUAUGGCAAAAUGGGUUCAUUUUCAAGUGAGUUGCUCAAUGGCCAUUUGAUUGAUUCCAAUGGCUUGAUUGAAAAGGUUGUUCAAUUGGGACCUAUUCAAGAUAUCCAGAAGCUAAGGGAUAAACAUCUGUACAGUGUAUCGCCAUUGAAAAAUAAACAGGGUUUGAACCUUUAUUAUGACGACGAAGAACCGGACAUGGAUGAAGAUUCUCGUCUGGCUGUGGCAACGGUUUGGGGCAUACCCUGGGGACGCAGAGGUUCUCAGGGCCAGACCUCAGCAAAACAGGCCGCAGAAAGCAAAGAUCGAAUUGCCCUCGACAUCUCCCUACUGAAAAAGCAAUAUGAUCGAUUACGCGAACGCCAAAAGCAGGCCCAUAUUAUCCUAACCACUGCCUGUUCAACUGCCCGCCAGACUACGGCCAAUAGUGCUGCCACCAUACCGGUUAAUCAGUUACUUUCUGGCCGCCCGGCAAUUGUGACAAAUAGAGGACGUCGUACCGGACCACCACCCGGUGCCAUACCACCAGCCCGAAAACCCUCUCUACCGGCUGUGCUGCAGGACAACAAGCCACUCAAUCGGCAAUUGCGUCGUGGUGAAACCAUACAAUGGCGGGACAAUGUCACAGAUCCCAAGCGAAGGCGUGACAGCCUAACAUGGAAGGAAAUUCGUGCAGAGAGAGCUGCAAUGCUUAGCUCGGGUAGUAUCGAUGGGCUCAAAUCGCAAAAAAUACGCACAAAACGUUUGGGCAAAAGUGACUCCUCUUCGUACAGUGAGGAAAGUGAAGAUGAUGAUAAGGCUGCCUCGAGUUCGGAUACCAGUCUCUGUGAUGAUGAGAAUCCCCCGUCGAAGAGUGCUCGUAAAUAUGCCUCCAAGGCGGCUUUAAUAAAGCAACGUAAAUUGGCCACGGAAUCAAUUGGGGAUGCUGGAGAUCGCCAAAGACCCAAAUCCUGGGCACCAUCGAAUAGUGAAAUCCCUUUUGUUCUUAUGACCACGGAUUCACCCAGCCACAGUGCCGAUGAAGAGUUGGCCAAGAAACCCAGUUUGCCAGAAUCAUAUUUGGAGCUCUCCAAAAAGUUCGAUGAACACGAAGAAGAGGAGGAAGAAGCGGAAAAUAGUGCCACAGAAAGUGACCAACUGCAAAUGGGAAAAUUGAAUGGUGCUCCCUAUUCGCCAUUGGCCAAUGAAGAUUUACCGGAUGUGGCGCCCAAGGUGGAACCAUUGCUCAUUGAAACGGAUAUCAUGGCUCCCAGCUCAAAGGAUAUACGCCAUCUAACACCACCCAUUACCGAUGUGGUGGAUAUCUUAGCAAUAUCCAAGGUUUUGGCUAACCCUCCUAGUGCCAAAGUGGAAUCCCUUAACUCUUUGGGCAGCAAUGACGGAGAUGCUGAGGAGGAGAGGAAAUCUUUCGGAGUCAGUGAUGAAGGUGUUACAAAUGAAUAUUUCGAAAGGGUCAAUAGCAGUGAAAGGCCCACGAAGUUGGAGUUGAUGUAUUCCCUCAAUGAAGAGGAUUCCAUAAGGGAUGCCUAUAAGGAUGACAAGAAAUCGGGAGUAAAUGAUGAAGAACCCAAAAAGGGAGAGGAGAGUAAUGAACUUCAAAGUCGUCGCAUGGAUCUUUUGGUGGAUUAUUCAGAGAAAUCUUCCGCGGCCUGUAUUGCUGAGGCCAAAACAGAAAUCUCCAGUACAUUACAAAGGGCAGAGUUAACUCAGGAACCCGCAAAGCCUCCGGCUUAUGUGAGUUCAGCGGCUGCCAAACGUCGUGAUCCUAGGCGGCUUACUUUGACACGCUCAACUACCAUGGAAAUUGAAGAACGUUAUCAGGCCUUGGAGAAGAGGAUGAGUAUGGAAGUCAAUACGAAGUAUGGCAAAAAGGAAACUGAGGAGAAGGAGGAGCAGGAAAAAUAUCGAUCAUAUCCCAUAAAUGGUAGGAGAGAUCAUGAUGAGGAACCAAAGUCAAUUACUCGGGAGCAAGGAGAAGGCAUACAGAGAGAGCAUUUCCAAAUGCCUCAUUUCCCCAAAUACACACUGGAGCAGAGUGAACCAAAAUCGAGGUCUUAUGAAAACCCCAUUGGAGAAGAGUCCACAAAACCAAAAGAGAGCUUCUAUCAGCCAAGGUAUCACAUCCCCUCUCUCGAAACAAAGAGCAGAGAAUCCGAAGAGUCUCGGUCAAGAGAAAAUCUUUAUAAGCGAGGAGAAGAGGAUGAGCGGAAAUAUGAACCCAGUGAAACGUACAAAUAUCGAUCGUACCCUCAUGAAAAAUAUACUCACUCCCGAAACUCAAUAUCCUCCACGGGUCAUCUCAAGGAUCCUGAACUCUCUCGAUCGUAUCAUCACACGAAUCGCAUUUCUCUUGACGAAGAGAAACUCUCUUCGUUGUAUGAGGAUUCAAAUAGUUCCCGACCCUAUCAUGUGGAAAGACUUUCCCGACUUGAAAGUCAUUACAAAACUCAUUCCAAAUCAUUUGAUAGACCUCAUCCUGCUCCUGCAUCUAGCACCACCAAGCCUGAUGAACUCAACGAUGUACAACGAAAACCGGUUAUACCAUCAACUGCCGAUUUAGAAGAACGUUUUGAAAAUAUGAUCCGUGAUCGUAGCAAACAAAUCGCAGAGGUUAGUGAUUCGGAAAAGGGACGAAGCUCAAAAAAAUCACCACCACCUCAACCACCAUCACAAUCCAGGGAAAAUCCACAACGUGAUUCAACACGAGACAACGCAAAACGCUCACAACAAACAAGCAAUACCAGGCAAAGUGACAGCUCACGUGAUGAUGUUCAAUCUCAGGGUAAACAAUCGGAUCGUGAAAGUGAUUAUGCCGAAGAACAAGAUAAUGUCGAAGAAGAGGAAUUAGGCGAGGAGGAGGGAGAGGAAGAAGAUCUGGCUGAUGGAAGAGCCAGUGUGGCUUCAAGUAGUGUUCCUAAGUCAAGUACCCGACAGAGGAAGAAGGAACCUCCCGAUACCGAAAAUGAGUUCAGUGAAAGGGAUUCCGAUAUUGCUCAAAGUCGUGAGGCUCUCUCCGAUGAGGAGGAGAGAUCGAUAACGGUUUCGGGACAUGAUACUCCCGUGGAGGAUUCCGAACCAGAACUGGAAGCAGAAGAAGAACAAGAAGUUGAGGAAGAAAUCGCAGAAGAGGAGCAGGAAGAAGAACCUCAACAAUCGAGAAGACAAUCAGAUCUUAAGAUCUCUCGCAGACCCUCUGAACAAGCCACCACUUCCCGAAGACAAUCCCAAUUAUCGGUUUACUCACGAAGGCAAUCUCACAGCACCGAUGACCGAGAACUGGAGGACAGAUCUACACGCCGUUCCUCUAAGGCUUCACGGAAAUCUCCUCCUUCAACAGAGGAAUUGGAGAAACGUUUUGAGGCUUUGGAAAAACAAAUGAGCAUAACACGAUCUGAGGCCAGUGAAGAUCCUUUGGAGGAGUCCACACCACGUUACAGACCCGUGGAAUAUGAUGAUCGGCAAAGUCCCGAUGGCUAUUCGGAAUUAGAUGAACAACAACAGCAGCAGCAACAACAAAUGGAAGUGGAGGAGGAUGGAAGUGAAGCUGGCGCCGAAGAAGAAGAGACGGUCGAAGAUAUUGCCCGAUCCCAACGAAUCAAGGCCCAUGUCAUAGAGGCAAUGAAGGGGUCUGGCUCCGCUUUUGCCUCCGAUGAUGAGGAUGAAACAUCAAGGCAUCAGCGUAUGGCGGCCAAUGUUCGGGAGGCAAUGAAAAAAACCAAAGCGGAUGAUGCUGAAAAGGAAGCGGAACGUAAGCGACGUUCCGACAAACUAAAACUUGAUGUUCUGGAGGCAAUGAAGUCUGCAUCCGCUUUACCCUCACCCGAAGAAGGUGCCACGAGGUCACAAAGUAGCAUGGCCGCCAAUGUUAUGAAGGCUAUGAAAUCCUCCAGCGCUCGGCACACAGAGGGUGAAGAAGCUUCCCCGGAGAGGUCCACCCGAGCUAAGAAAGAAUCUAUGGCUUCCAGUGUUAUGGAUGCCAUGAAAUCAAGUUCCGCAAAGCAACAGCGUUCAGAUAAAAUCAAAGCCGAUAUGAUUGCGGCAAUGAAGUCAGCGGGAGAGGAAGAAACUUCGGAGAAAGAAGAAGUUUUAGAAGCUUCGAGCAGCAAAAUGGCCAGCAAUGUUAUGGCUGCCAUGAAAUCCUCCAGCAGAUCAGAUAAAAUCAAGGCUGGCAUUAUAGCUUCCAUGAAAUCGGCCACGACACCUGAUGAACCGGCCGCUCAAACCUCCACAGAAGAGCCGACACGGAAACUUAGCAGAUCUGAGAAAAUAAAGGCUGGAAUUAUUGCCUCUAUGAAAUCGGCCACAACUCCUGAUGAGCCCACGGCCCAAACUCCCACGGAAGAGCUACAGAGGAAACAAAGUCGAUCAGAUAAAAUCAAGGCUGGCAUAAUUGCCUCCAUGAAGUCUGCAGGCACUCCCGAGGAACCAGAACCGGAGACACCUACAGAGGAAUCGACACAAAAACCUAGCAGGUCAGAUAGAAUUAAGGCAGGGAUAAUUGCUUCGAUGAAAUCGGCCACAACACCCGAAGAACACGUGGCCCAAACACCCACAGAAGAGUUACAGAGGAAACAAAGUAGAUCGGAGAAAAUCAAGGCGGGAAUUAUUGCCUCCAUGAAAUCGGCCACGACACCUGAUGAACCCGUGCCACAAACACCCACAGAAGAAAUACAGCGCCGGCAAAGUCGGUCAGAUAAAAUCAAGGCUGGCAUAAUUGCCUCCAUGAAAUCUGGCAGUACCCCAGAUGAGCCAACAGCCGAAACCCCGACAGAUGAAUCCGCGAAGAAACUCAGCAGAUCAGAUAAAAUCAAGGCAGGUAUUAUUGCCUCCAUGAAAUCUGGAAGCACUCCUGAGGAACCAGAACCCAAAACACCCAUUGAAGAAGCGGCGAAAAAGCUGAGCAGGUCGGAUAAAAUGAAGGCUGGCAUAAUUGCCUCCAUGAAAUCUGGCACAACCCCAGAUGAACCGGAACCCGAAACUCCAACACCCACAAAGGAUGUUAGUAAAAGUCUAACCAGAUCAGAUAAAAUAAAGGCGGGUAUUAUUGCAUCCAUGAAAUCUGGCAGCACUCCUGAGGAACCAAAAGCCGAAACUCCCACAGAGGAAGCGGCCAAAAAACUCAGUCGAUCAGAUAAAAUCAAGGCUGGCAUUAUUGCCUCUAUGAAAUCGGCUACCACACCUGAAGAACAACCACCAACACCAGAAGCUGCUAGUAAAUCACAAAAAUCCCUCUCCUCUCAGCCUUCGGAAGAUAGUGAGAAACGUAAACGUUCGAAUAAAAUUAAAGCUGAGGUCAUAUCGGCAAUGAAGUCUGAUCACUCCUCCGCUGGAGAGGGUAAAAUGGCUUCAAAUGUUAUGGCUGCCAUGAAAUCAUCCGCACAACACACCCAGGAGAAGGUCAAGAGAACCAAUAAAAUAAAAGCGGAUGUUAUUGAGGCCAUGAAACCCCAUGAAGAGUCCCAGAAACAGCGGUCCCACAAAAUGGCCACCAAUGUUAUGGAGACCAUGAAAUCUUCGGUGAAACGUAAGGAGGAUGCCUCUGAGAAACCCAGCAAAACUCGCCCGUCACCAACAAAGGAGGAGGAGGCCAAACAAAAGAGAUCACAAAAAAUCAAAUCCGAUGUUAUUGAGGCCAUGAAAGGCUCUUCACAAACCCCCGAGGAGAAGUCUCACAAAAUGGCCACAAAUGUUAUGGAGACAAUGAAAUCUCACAGUACUCGCCGUACGGCUGGGGAGACAAGCUCCAAAGCGAAAGCAAAGGCAGCGGAUGAAUCGGCAAAGAAAGCUGCAGCAAAAACCUCAGAUGCUAACACUUCAGCUCCUGGCAGUCGACGUUCCUCGGAGCCACCAUCCACUGAAGACUUGGAAAAACGUUAUGAGGUCCUAAAGAGACGCAUGAGUUCACGCAAAGAUUCCAUGCAGGAUUCCCAGGUGAAACCAAAAACCUCGCCACCCUCAACCGAUUCUCUGGAGAGGCGUUUUGAAAAACUGCAAAGCGACAAGACAAUAUCCUCGGAUGCGAAGCCGAAGAAACCGAAACCAAGCGAAAGCCCCAAGUCCAUACCGACACCUCCAACUCCACCCAAAGACUGGUCUGAGACAGAACAAUCAAGUCCCAGUCAAGAACCCAGUACUCGUUCAGCUCUCAUCGAAGAGCUGCAGGCCAAAAUGGGUCCCACGCCCAAUGGCGAAAACAUUAAGCCCAGCUCCAUAAAUCCGAAUCGCAAAACGCCAGCAAUGCUGCGCAAAUCCAAAACCGAUGAAACUUCGGAAACACAUGCGAACGCUCACGCUAAUAACCUUUCGGAAAAACGCUACGAACUAUUGCACCCAUCCGGUCGCAAAAUGGUUCGUCGUUUUUCCGAUUUACCCUCAAGAGCCGAUCUUGAGAAUCGUUUACUAUUCUUGGAAGAGCAAUUGAACCGAACUCUAUUGAAGCAACGUCGUGCAAGUGAUUCCGAAGUGGCAUCGACCAGUCGGCAACAUCAGCAACGCCACUAUCAACCCAUAAAACCAAUACCGGCCACAAUACGGCAUGUGGGUAAAUUGGAGUCACGCGUCUUAGAAUUGGAACGACAAUUGAGUGCGGGAUCGAAAUUCAAAACCACCACGACCACCACAGAAUCGCAAAAUAAAAACCUUGAGAACUCCGCUGAACUGAGUUCUUCACAAAUGGACUUGGAGAUAAGGGCCGAUUCGGUUAAUGUCACGGGUAAGGAGUUGGUGCGUUACAACAAUUAUGGCGAGCUGCAGGAACAGGACUUCCAAAGUCCCAUAAAUAUAAGUAUAAAUAUUCAUAUGACCCUGAGUAAGGAGGAGUUGGGAAAGGCGGCCACACAAUCGCUGACACGAGCCGAGGAACUCAGUCGAAGGCUGUUGAUUUUGGAGGAGCAGCUGAAAAAUUCCCAAAGGAUAAUUGCCUCGACAGCUACGCCUGUUGUUGAGAUGACAAGGGAACUGGGUGCUCCGCCUGAAUCAUCCCAGGAAAAUGUACAACAGGAGGCGGAUAAUGUCCCGCAAAAAGAUGAGGGAGAGGAUGAAAUUGUAAUCCCUGAAGAUACUAAGGUGGCAAGUGAGGAUGUGGCUCCACAGGAAUCUGCAGAAAUCAGGGAAUCCGAAAAAGAUGUUUUAAUAGAGGAAGGUGAUGCCUCAAAACAGGAAAUACCCAAAGAAGAAGAGGAAAAGUCCGAAGAGAAAAAAGAGGAAAAACCAACCCCAGAAGCAGCAAAGGAAGUGAAAACCGAAGAAUUAAGGCCUGAACCUCUGGAUAAAAAAGAAGUUCCUUCCGAACCUCUCGAUAAGGCAAUGGCAGAAAAAUUGGAAAUAUCAAACAUGGAGGAAAAGGCAAUGGCGGAAAAAUUGGAAAGAUCAAACAAGGAUAAUGACUUCGAUAGACGUCUUCAAAUUUUGGAGGAACACAUAAAGCAUUCGAAGCCCAUUAAGAUCCCUGAAACCCAUGGGCCCAAGGAAGUCAUCAAAAAUCAAAACGAAGCAAAGCCCGAAGAAGAAAAGGCAGUAGAACCCAAAAAGGAAGCAACCAAAGAAGAAAAGGAGGUGGAAAAUAAAACAGUCAAAGAAACCGAAGUUCAAAAGGCUAAGGAAAAGGAAAUGCAAGAAGCUCCCAAGGAAACUAAAAAAGAAGCCUCCACUCAAGAAGAAAAAACAGAUAUCAAAGAAACUUCGAAAACGGAACUUCCCAUAAAAGAAAUCCCCAAGAAAUCCUUGCAAGAAGAUAAAGCACAAAUCUCCGACAGGGCCCUGGGACAUCUCCACGGUACCCAAAUGGUACCCGUUGAGGUGAAUAAGAAAACCCUAGUAUUACUACUCGACAAUGAACCCAAAGCUGUUAAGGUACGACGCCUAACCCGCGCCAACACUGAAGAAUUAGAAGAUUUAUUCCAGGCCCUCGAAAAGCAACUACUCGAACGUGGACAAAUUAAACCCGAAGAUGUGGGAGCCAAAGAUCCAAAAUCGGCCCAAGAAAUGUCCGAUUUAACCAAAGAAAUAAUGCAGCUUUCAAAGACGGCCAAAGAAGAAGCGACGUUGGGCGCCACCAGCACUGAAUCAUCGCCUAAGAAAAAAUCCUCCACAAAACCCCCGGAGGAAGAUUUCGAUUGGGGUAAAGAUCCCGUCAAGCAUCAUUUACGCAAGAAGACAGUCUAUUUACCCUCAACUCGAGAGUUGGAAUCACGUUUCCGUUCGCUGGAACGACAAAUCAAAAUGCUCGAAGAUGUGGAGAAAAUCGAUGUGGAACAACGUCUAACGGAAAUUGAAAGGAAAAUUAAACUGCAAUACUCCCUGUCGCAUGAAAAGGAUUUAAAUCGUUUCUUGGAUCUGUGUGAGGGUAAGGGUCUCGAUGAUAUACCUGGGGUGGGUAGUGGAGAAACUCCUGGCUCCGAACGUUGUUCUUCCUCGCAGAGUCAACAUCAGCAACAACAACAUUCCAAGAAACAUCAAUCUCCUGUCAGAUUUGCCGAAGCUCCUGAAUGCUGUGAUCACCAUUGCCAUUGCAGUUCAUCACCAGCCAAGAAGAAGGAACACCAAUCACCUGUUCGAUCUGUAGAAAGUCCCCAACAUCAUCACAGUACCGCCGCGAAGCCCACAACCGAAGAUCUCGAAUAUCGUUUUCGUGCCAUGGAUCUACAUCGCAAAUCAAGGCCUAGAACAAAAAAUGAACCCAAACGUGAACCCAUACAUCCCCUGGAAAUGUUACUCGAUCCCAGUCCCGACGAUAUACCAACAACCGGAGAGUUGGAACAUCGCAUGAAAAUGCUGGAGGAAGGUCGCACCCCUUCACCCUCCGCCCUGAAAUCCCGCUCGAAAUCACCGGCUAGCAAAGAAAGGGAUGCAGCCGCUGCCGCCGCUCAGCAGGUAAAUGAACCCAGCAGCCCAAGCGGUCUACCAACUGCUGAACAGUUGGAAGCCCGCCUAGAGGCAUUGGAAAGGGAACAACGAUUCGAUUUUAAAAUGCAGAAAAACUAUAAAGAAUUCAAUCAAAAAUUGAAGGACAUUAUAUCACCCUCGCUGUCGUUUGAGGAAUUUCGCGCUACUCGUUCAUCGUCGGCAGAAUCGGCCAAGCGUAAUUUGAGCAGCCAUCGAUCGCCAUCACCCAAAGUUGCAGUAGCUCAAUGUACCGGAGAUGCUGCAACUUGCCCCAACAAAACGAUACGAUUUCAUGACGAUGAUGAGCAGCUGCCGCAACACCACCAACAACAGCAACAAUCGAGGACACGUCACGACACAGAAUCCAUGGUUAGCACCAAUAGUAGUGAUGUGAUUCAAAUAUUAGAAGAAAAUUCUAAUAUUUUGCAACGUAUUUUAAAGAAAUCAAUUACAGAUACGACUGGCGCAACGUCAACACUAUCAUCGGUGCCACCGCAUUUAGCCAGUUCGGUGCAGGAAGGCCUUGGUGUAAUGGGAAUUCGUUUAAUGAGGGAAACAUCACCACUUCGCCGCAAAGGCACCCACACGGGUGUCCCCUUGCGUACGGGAGAAAACAUCAACGAUCAGCUAACAUCCAUCCGAUCAACCAUUAAAUCCAUCGACAGCCUGUGUGAGGAGAAACCCUAUCGCACCGAACGAUGCCUUCAGUACAUCGAUUCCCUGUGUUCCGAUUCAAAUUAUUUUGCUAGUAAAAAAUCAUCAUACGACGAUUUGAGAUCACGUCACAGUAGCCGUUCACGAUCACGUGAUCCCUAUGGCGGACCCUCAAUACGAAUUUCCGAUCAAAGUUCAGCCUAUAUGCGCACCACAAUGGGCUCAGCGGAUUCCAUACGUUCUUCCAGUCCCCGAAGGGCCACCAGUCCCCUGCAAUACCAUUCGAAUCGUGACCUGAGACGGGAGAUAUCACCGCGACGCCGUCGCAACGAAGAGGAUAGGGAAGAGAACGAGAGUAGGGUAAGACGUGAUAAUCUAUUGCCAAAUUCAUUAUAUUAUCCAUAUAAUCAUAGCUCACUAAGUCCAAGUAGUCAUAGUUUAACUAAGUUUCAUAAAGUAGAUAGCCAACUAAUUGCAACCAAUGACGAUGUCGAUUGUAUCGAUGUCGAAAUACAACAAAUAUACCGACAAGCCACGACGACGACAGCACACGGUUCCACUGAGACCACAACCACAGCAGCAAUGUCAAUUCAGGACAGUAACACAAAUACCUCUCUCUCCAACAACAACACUCAAAAACUCAGCAACACAACAACAGCUAACUUAGAUUCCGCCGCCGCUUACAAGGGCAGCCUUGGUUUAGAUCGGCCCAUAUCACCGUACCGCCAAUUAGGUAUUUCUCGUUCGAAUACACCCGUAUAUACACCGGCCAAAUUAGAGAUACGCCACACCACAGUGACAUCGACAUUUUACGAUCGUGUUCUAACCGAAAAGCAAUUAGAGAAGAAGCUCUCCCAGAAUAGCUUAACAGCCACAAGCACCUCCACCAACACUACCACCACUACUUCGAAUGGCAGCACUAUACCGCCAACCAAUAGUGCCCAACGAUCACCCAUAGUGGAACAGGUACCUCCGCUCAAGCCUUUAGAUACAUUUUCUCUGCCAACGACGGUAUUGUCGGUGUCGGAAUCAGCGACCACAGCAAAGACGGCUGUUACGGUAACAGCUACCGAACCUAUCGUAGCUGCUACCGUAAUUCCGCCUUACGCUUCUUAUAUUGGCAUUGAGCCGACUUCUCUAACAGAUACCACCAUUUCGAAUCUACCCAGCAUUUCGACUGCACCCAUUACCACAGGUAAUUAUGGUAGUUUCCCUCCCCUAGCAACAACAACAUCAGUGCCUGCGGCAACAACCAUUUCUCUUGAACCAUUGCCAGUGUUGCCACCAAUUGCUUCUGUCUCCAACACAAUCCCCACUGCAAUGUCGUCCUUCAUAUCGUCCACAUAUCAACCGAAUGUGUAA